CGGUCAGUUAGAAUACUGUACAUCUAAACUCCCGACGACAAAAACCACCGCCACCGUUAACCAGCUGAUUACACCAUUCAUUGACGUUGACAUCCGUACACAACCUUCUAAAGACGAUAUGGAGAAAUGCGGACAGUCACGUUUAUAA